AGACAUAUUUUUUUUUAUCAGUUGAAAUCGAAGUAUUAAUUUUAGUUGAAAAAUGUUGCGAAUUGGCAGCGAUGAAUGGUGUGUGAAGUGAAGGACGACGAAACUAGCGUAGCUUGAAACUCCCUUGAUCACAAACUUUUCCUUUCGCAGACCUUAUUAACUUUUCGAUUUAAUUACUACAAUCCUUCCCCUUUUUUCUCCCAUCCCUUCCUUUCUUUCUCCGCUCUGAUUUUGAGCGAGAAAGAGAGAUGUUGCAGUGCAUAUUUCUUCUGUCCGAUUCUGGAGAGGUAAUGCUAGAGAAACAGCUUAGUGGGCACCGCGUAGAUCGCUCAAUAUGUGCCUGGUUCUGGGACCAAGCCAUUUCUCAACCUGGUUCUUUCAAGCAACAACCAGUUAUUGCUUCCCCCACGCAUUAUCUAUUCCAAGUUUUUCGCGAGGGAAUCACUUUUUUGGCCUGCGCUCAAGUCGAAAUGCCCCCAUUGAUGGCCACUGAGUUCCUUUGUAGGGUAGCUGAUGUUCUCAGUGAAUAUCUUGGGGGAUUGAAUGAAGACUUGAUCAAAGACAACUUUGUCAUUGUGUACGAGCUUCUGGAUGAGAUGAUAGACAAUGGCUUCCCGCUAACUACAGAGCCUAAUAUCCUGCGAGAGAUGAUAGCCCCACCAAAUAUUGUUAGCAAAGUCCUGAGUGUUGUGACUGGCAGCAGCUCCAAUGUGAGUGACACCCUCCCAGGUGCUACUGCAUCUCUUGUUCCCUGGAGAACAGCGGACACAAAGUAUGCCAGCAAUGAAAUUUAUGUAGAUCUUGUAGAAGAAAUGGAUGCAACAAUAAACAGGGACGGAGUUCUGGUGAAAUGUGAGAUCAACGGUGAGGUUCAAGUGAAUUCCCAUAUCACUGGGCUUCCUGAUUUGACUCUUUCGUUUUCAAAUCCUUCAAUCCUUGAUGAUGUGAGGUUCCAUCCCUGUGUUAGAUAUCGGCCCUGGGAAUCCCAUCAAUUUCUUUCAUUCGUGCCUCCUGAUGGGCAGUUUAAGCUCAUGAAUUACAGAGUUAGAAAAUUGAAGAACACCCCGAUAUAUGUAAAGCCACAGUUGACUUCAGAUGGUGGAACAUGCCGUCUUAGUGUAUUGGUUGGAACAAGAAAUGAUCCUGGAAAGACAAUCGAUUCCGUAACUGUUCAGUUUCAGCUUCCUUCUUGCAUCUUAUCAGCUGAUCUGACUUCAAAUUAUGGAAUAGUAAACAUACUGUCUGACAAGACAUGCUCUUGGUCCAUUGGUAGGAUCCCAAAAGAUAAAGCUCCUUCAAUGUCAGGAACAUUGGUGCUGGAGACUGGAUUGGAGCGCCUUCACGUCUUUCCCACAUUUCAAGUGGGUUUUAGGAUAAUGGGUGUUGCCCUCUCUGGUCUGCAAAUAGAUAAACUGGAUCUGAAGACUGUACCCUACCGCUUUUAUAAAGGGUUUCGAGCACUUACUCGAGCAGGAGAAUUUGAAGUGAGGUCAUAAUUGUGUAUUUACCAUUGAGUUGUCUAAGACUUGUAAUGAUUCUGGACAUGAAAUUUUGUUCAUUUACACGACCGGUUUCAUUUGUAAAGAGUUGGAUAGUGUUCUCUUCUGGUUUCAAAUUAUUUCAGUGGUGGAUUUAUCGCCGGGGUUUAUGAAAGAAUCUUGCGACUUGUAUCACGAAUCUAUUUCUCGCGUCGAAGAUUGGCAGCAUUGACAAUGAAUUGUGUGGUUUAAGAUCUUA